AUGUUUGGGUGUAUACUUCGUCUCCUGGCGUUGCUGGCAAUUCGUUCUACUGCAGUUUGCCUGCAUGAUGCGAUACCAGCGGAGGAUCGCGCUCUGAUCAAGAAUGCGGAUGGGGUUGAAACCGAAAUCGUGCUUAUUCCCUACAGCUGGGAUUCCUCCUAUUUUGUCACGAAAAUCGCUGAGAUUCUGAUAUCAGAAGCUCUGGGAUACAGUACCAGAUUCUACAGCUGGUGGCCAACUGAGGUGCUGGAUUCGGCUUUGCUAUUGUCUCUUUGCUCCACUGCUGAAUGCAAUGAGACCAGGCCAGGAACUGUGGGACACAUUGCCCUUGAGUCCUGGAUUGGGGCAUACGGAGUUCACUUUGAAACUUUUCGGGAUCGCCACCCGAGCAUGGCCCCCGAAGACCUUGGAACUAUGGGCUAUUCUGGUGAAGAAGCGCUGUAUGCCUCGCGCACGAUCUUGCAAGAAGCCUGGGAUGAGUCGGGCUAUGCUUUGGAGUAUUUCCGGACAUACAACACGUCGCAUUACGAUGCACAGAAGUAUUUUGACAGAUACACCGACUUGCCAGCUGACGAGAUAGUGCUGUGCAACGACACAGGCAGUAUGUUCACAGAUACAGCCUACAUGAAUCCAUAUGCACAGUGGACUGGCGACAUGGAAGGCUUGAUCGAGGUACCAGGAGGCUAUCAUGCGUACUGUCAGGGGGAUGGCAGGUUUUGGUUUUCACCAGCUUGCCGCCAGAAUACGACCGCAUGCAUUCCUAUUCUCUCUCCCUACUGGGGUUGGAUGGUGGAUGCCUACAUGGCAUGGGCAACCGCAUACGGCAUACCCGCAGCCAUUGGCAUAUCCUGGGACCACGACAUACACCUGAAUCACUACAUGAACUUCCGUAUCCUGACAUAUGCGUUUCGGCCAAAUGGAGGAUUGGCAAAUAACCAGCCGGAUCCUAUCAGAUUUCCGCCCCACAGUGAGAGUGAGUGGGCACAGGGGAACAAGCGAACGGAUUCGGUCGGCUCCUACAUCGGCAAACUGGUGAGUCGAAGUUUAAGGUCACAAGCUUUCAAGGUGCAUGAGAUGAUGAGACACAUGCGGCUGGAUAUGCAGGAGCUGCAACACACCCUUGAAGAAGCCCAGCGCACCCGGGCUGAGAAUGCGUACGGGUACCAGAACUACGGGUAUGGAGCAACAGAUGUCUUGCUCAAUUCUUAUGCAUGCCAGUGGGCACAGGCGAACCGGCACAGAUGGAAUCAGUGGAUUCCUAAGGAAACCACAUGCUUUCCAGGUUUCGGACUUGUGGAUGCCAGUGGCAUGUAUGUUAGCUCGCGAGAUUCGGCAGCGAGCUGCAGUGUCUGUACUCCGGGAACCUUUUCUGAACAGCUGGUAGAUGAAUCUGGGCAAACUUACCGGUGUGAGUCGUGUCCUUUGGGCAGGCACCAACAGUUAUCCUCUGAAACCAUCUGCUUGCAAUGCGAGCAAGGCAGGGUUGCUUCCCUGCCAGGACAGUCCGCCUGCGAGGCCUGUCCGCUGGGAAAGUACGCCAACAGCUCUGGCAUGACGGAAUGCUUUUCGUGUGGGACGGGACCGGCAUGGACUACGAGUCGGCUCAGUGAGGAUUACGGACCUGCGAGGUGGGUCGAGGUGGAGAGCGCUGUCUCUCGGGACUACUGCCACUGCUUGUCAGGCUGGUUUCUCGACUCUGAAACAUGUCAAGAAUGCAUGCAAGGUGCGGAGUGCCCAGGUUCCAAUGCAAUAAUGCUUCUGCCCGGGUACUUCUCCAGCAGCAGGGCCCGUGGCUCCGUGUUCAAAUGUUUCAGCGAUCCUUCCCAAUGCCCUGGCGGUCUACCGGGAGCAUGCAGUUCGGGGCGAGACAACAGCAGCGUCGCGUGCAGCGCCUGCCUACCUGGACUGCGACAGAACGGGCCAGGGUGUGGACCGUGUGGUCGCGAAGACUACUUCAUUUUGAUUUUCUUUUUGCUGCUGAUUGGCACUGGCACUGGACUUCUACAUCGUUUCUACCUGAGAGCAGCUUACUAUCGCAAUUUGAGGCAUGGUGACCACUUGUUGAAUGCUAGUAUGUUCGGCACUCAGCUAGUUGUUUGCUUGCAACUGGUUGCCAUUGUGCAAAAGAUCGCCAUCGACUGGGAAGAGCCAUUCGCCUCCGUUCUGGAUGCAUUGAACUUCGUAUCUCUAGCGGAGCUGAUGGAAUCACUGCAUGCAAUUUCCUGUGUCGCGCGCAUUGGCCCGACAGCGAACUUCCUGCUUCAGACAUUGGGGGCUCCAUGUUCCUUUAUGGUCGUGCCUUGCUUGAUGCAUCUUUUUCGAGCUGCUGUCCGGUCCAAAGCAGCUUCGAGCCAGAAAGGGUGCGUGGACAGGUAUGUUCUUUGCGAAACCCUUGGUUCCAUCUUUGUGCUUUUCUUCAUCGCCCAGUGCAAUGCUAUUGCGGAGCCGUUCCAAUGCCAGAGCCAUCCCAACGGAAUGUGGUCAAUGCGCGCAAGCAUAGGUGUGUUUUGCAACUUUUACGACACCCACCUCGAGCUGUGCAUAGCUGGUGUCGUCUUGAGCACUGUGCCACUAUGCUUUCUGUCAGCCUGUGCUUGGGCCGUUCUCGUCGAAUUCCCCAGACGCUUGAGAAUGGUGGACAUGACCUUUAUUCGAGCAUGCUCAUUUUUGAUCUUGAGAUUUCGGCCUGGAUGUGAGGCCUUCUCUAUCUUUCUCUUGAUUCGGAAUGUGCUCCUGGCUUUAGCUCCGGUUUUGCCCUCCGCCAACGCAAGCCUUCUCCUGAUCAGCGCACUGCUUGGCCUCAACUUCUACCUAGUCUCCUCGUUCAAGCCCUGGAGAUCAGACUAUGCCUGUCAUGCAGACCUAGUGGCCAACACGGCUUUUCUUGCCAUCAUCUUCCAGGCUGCAUUCUUCGUGACGGAGGUGAACAGAGCGGCUGUGCUGCUGUUGUGCACCGUUGCUCUCAUUCUAGUAAUUCUUGGUCUGACAGCAUGGACUCUGGUCGCCGCAGGCUCGCAGCUCGCCACCAGGAAGAUGAAGCGCAAGUUCGACUUUUUCAUUUCGCACCAGAAGAAUGCCUGCGGGAGCCUGGCGCGGCUGCUAAAAAUCGAGCUCCAACUCCGUGGCCAGAAAGUUUUCUUGGAUGCAGACGAUCUGACUGACCUCUCACGCCUGUUCGCCAUCGUGGCGAGCAAUGUGUCGCAGCUCCUCUUUCUCUGCAGCCCGCAGGUUUUGACAUCCAGGUGGUGCGUUGCAGAGCUCGUUACGGCUCGCAUGCAGGGACUGGAGACGACCCUUUUGAUGCUGCCGAAGUUCUUUCUGCCUUCGGAUGAGUUCAUUCGUGCCUACGAGAAUACAGUCAUCGAUAUCCAGGACUUGGCGAGCUAUGGAUUUGCGGUGGAAGACAUUACAGAGACCUUGCGAUGGUUGGGCUCAUUGAGAGCGAUGACUGUGAGCCAGGAUCUGUUCGAGGGAAGCAUCAGCUACAUUGCAGAUCAACUUGCGAACGCACAGAUGCCAAGCCGAAGCGCAGCUGAGGAAGUUGGUUCUGGCUGUUUGAUCCUGGCAGAUCACGGCGACAUAGAGGCCGUUGCAACUGCCCAUGUGUUGUUACACAUGAUCUCCCCACAUGUAUUGCAUGUCUGCAACGUUCUGCCAAGAGUUCUGGCUUCCGGCGAAAGGCUGCGACAAGGGAUGGCAGUCUUGGCGCAAGGUCAGUUCUUGAUCUUGCUGUGCACCAAGAACAGCCUCACAGCUUCGUGCAUCAUAGAGUGGUUGCUGCAGGCUCACAGUGCAUCUUCCUCUUGCCACAUCCUGCCCAUCCUUGCAGAAGAAGGAUACCAGAUACCUCAGUCGUCAGAAGCCUUCGACGACCUUUGCGCACACCCAAAUGUGCAAAACCACAAUGCAGCCGCUUACAACAGCAUCCUCAAAGCCAUCUUCAUGCACAUAGCAGUGCAUUUCAUGCCGAAGUUUUCAGGGGAGGCUGCUCUGGCACUGAAGGCAAAGGAGAUCGCGUCGCGAAUGCGACAUAACGACAUGCCUAGCCUGGGCGCUUUGAAAGAUAUGUCGGCAUUUCCGAACUUGCAGCUCGAUGAUAUACACCUGGCAUCUUCGGGCAAACCCUGCGAUGUCCAGCUGGAAGGAGCCACAACUUGCAUCGAAGAAUACGAGAAAUCGUGUCAAGAAGAGAUGACUGCAACGGCCUUUUGA